UAACCGACGGAAACCAGAACGAACGGUGUUGAUAAAUGGUAGUAAGCAUCAAGCCAAAAACCUUCCUCCUUCGCUUUCUCCAUCGUCAGAUCGCUUCCCUCUCCAACGCGCGCCAAAUACAAACACUUUCACCUUCCCCUCUGUCUCUCUACGUAUACAGUGAAUCGUUGUGAGUAAUGGCGGAGGCACCGACGAGUCCGGCGGGCGGGAGCCAUGAGAGCGGCGGCGAGCAGAGCCCCCAGGGAGGAGGAGGAGGAGGAGGCGGUAGCGGCGUCAGGGAGCAGGAUAGAUAUUUGCCAAUCGCCAACAUCAGUCGCAUCAUGAAGAAGGCUCUGCCGACCAACGGCAAGAUCGCCAAGGACGCCAAGGACACCGUCCAGGAAUGCGUCUCCGAAUUCAUUAGCUUCGUCACCAGCGAGGCCAGCGAUAAGUGCCAGAAGGAGAAGCGGAAGACCAUCAACGGCGACGAUUUGUUGUGGGCGAUGGCCACGUUAGGGUUUGAGGACUAUAUCGAGCCCCUCAGGAUUUACUUGGCUAGGUACAGGGAGACAGAGGGUGAUGCAAAGGGGUCUGCUAGGGGUGGAGAUGGUUCUUCGAAAGGGAAUGCUGUUCCAGCAAUGCCUGGCCCAAGUGCACAGUUUGUUCAUCAGGGAGCAUUGAAUUAUGGCAACCCUCAAGAGGAUUAUUAUGUGCCAUUGAACAAUAUGGGUAAUGGAAGUUGAUGCUUUUGCGAGUGAUAUGAGGAAGAAGAGAGGACAUGGAUUGUGGUCAAUGUGCAAUUGAUCUUGAUGAUGUGUUCCUCGAUAUCUUGCAAUCCAGGCACAGCAUCUCGUUGUUCAUUCCAUGCAAAGCAACGAGUAGAAGGUUUUAAUUUCGUCUUAUAUCAUUUUUAAGAAUUCGAAGGUGGUAAAGUUGUUAAUUUUCAAUACUGAUAGUAUCAUUUAUGUGAAUGACAACUAUGUUUCUGGGGUCUCUGUUUUGGUUGGGGUAGGGUUGAUUUGUAUUUCGCAGAUGCUCCCAUUAGCUGGGUUUGUGUAAAGUUUUCUUUGGCUCUGUGUCUAGUUUAGUUGCCUGACCGUGUUAAGAAAUGCUGUUUUAAUCGGAUGCUAUUCUUAGAACCCCAUUUAAAGAAAAAAAAAGGUUGAAAUAUAUGAAGAUUUUCAUAUAA